AACCAAUUGAACCAGGAAAGACGGCUUGCCAGAAAAGCUUCCUUGAAUGAAGAAGAAAGAAGUCCUGUUAUCAUGCAGGAAAAAACCAAAAAGCUUGAGCUGGAAGGUAGCUCUGGCAUCCCGUACGCCAGAGACACGACUGCUGACUCUGCUGUAAAUGGAAGCCAGACGGAGGGCAGUGAGAAGGAAGCCAGCCGCUCUGAAAGCAGCUUUGAUGCAGACAGUGAAGCCUCAGAAAGUGAAAGUGCUUCGAAGCAAACAGCUUUUGGCCCAUCCAGCAACGUGUCUGGUUUGCAGGGCAACCACAAAAAUGUUAAAAUGCCACACAACAAACCAGGUGACAGUCCCGAUGAGAUGAUUUCCAGCGCCAUAUCCAAACUCAGCUUCUGUGAUACUCUAAAGGAAGAUAAAAAAUCGAGCCGUGGGGAUCCAGCGUUGGGCUUAUCGAAUAAUUCCAUGUUCUCAGUAGACAAAUCCCCGCUAUCCCAAAACCCUCAAAAUGCUUUUCAGACGCUUUCCCAGAGCUACAUAACGAGCUCAAAGGAAUGUUCUGUUCAGUCCUGCCUUUACCAGUUCACCUCUGUAGAGCUCCUCAUGGGGAACAACAAGCUUUUAUGUGAGAGCUGCACAGAAAGGAAACAGAAGUAUCAGAAGAAAACCAACUCCACAGAAAAGAAAAUGGAAGGUGUCUACACCAAUGCUCGAAAACAGCUGCUGAUUUCUUCAGUUCCUGCUAUUCUUAUUCUCCAUCUGAAAAGAUUCCACCAGGCUGGUUUGAGUCUACGGAAAGUAAACAGGCAUGUGGAUUUCCCACUGAUUUUAGACUUGGCACCGUUUUGUUCCGCAUCCUGUAAGAAUGUCACGGAUGGCACAAGAGUGCUGUACAGUCUUUAUGGAAUAGUGGAGCACAGUGGCUCAAUGAGAGGUGGUCAUUAUGCGGCGUAUGUGAAAGUCCGAACACCUUCCAAGAAAUUACUGGAGCACAUUUCCACCACCAAAAAUGUGCUAGGUUUAAAAGAAGCCAUGGGAGCAUCAGGAGGACAGUGGGUGUAUGUUAGUGAUGCCCAUGUUCAGAUGGUUCCAGAAUCAAGAGUACUAAAUGCACAAGCAUAUCUACUUUUUUAUGAAAGAUUAUUACUAUAAUUCUCCACAGUUUAAUUUAAAAGAUGGUAGUGGUUAUUUAGUUUAUCUUAUUUAAAGCUGCAGUGGUAAGAGUACCUGUAUAUAUUGUGCCUUUAUCUUGUAGAGAAUUUAUCAUAUGUUGACUCUGAAGUUCAGUCAAGCUAUUAUAAAUAUCUGAAUGGUUCUCUUAAAGUAUGCACUUUGCCAAACAUUUAAAAUCCCUGGAUUCAUUAAAAUACAGUAACGUUAGAAUGUAAGAUGAUGUCCUAUCCUACUGAGGUCUAUGGAAAGUUUGUUCUUGAUUUUCAUAAAGAUAAGCUCUCGCCCAUAGUUCUAGAGCAGUUGAGAAUAUAAAUGCUGAUAGCGUUAAGUGCCUGGAUUUGCUAGUGUACAGUAACA